GGGACGACAAUUGUAGAAGAAGGAACCAAGCUAAGUUGGGUUUUUAUACUGGCAAGCUGCGACACGCCGAGAGAAGGAAAAGAGCAAAUAUGGCAGAGAAAUGAAAAUCCGGAGUGCAUACAAUUGACUGAAAAUGGCGGAUGAAGUUCAGACGUUCAAUCCAAGCGAUCCACAGUUUGAAGAGUGGUUCCUCAUUUCAAUCAUAACAGUAAAUAUGGUUGCAUCACUGUUUGAUAUCCUUAUUAAUCUAUCUUUGAUGUGCGCCAUAUGCAAAUUGAAACUGCUAAAGAAAAUCUCAUACAGAUUCAUUAUUGCCUUAUGCAUUUCAGACACAUGUAUUGGUGCAAUUGUGCAGCCUCUCUUAACGGCAAGGCUCUUGUUGACGAACAAAGCAACACGCACCAUUGUGAGGCUCGUCUACCAGUUUUUUGCAAUAACAUUCUGCAAUGGGACGGGGAUGCUUAUUUGCACCAUAUCACUGGACAGAUACAUACAUAUGCGAUAUCUACAACGAUAUAGCGAACAUAUGUCAACAAGGAAAGCAAAUGCCUUGCUCGUUGGCGUUGUUCUUAGCAGCACCUGCAUGGGUGUGGCAAUUACGAUUGCAGCAAUCAAGGGUCACGUUCUCUAUGUCAGCAGCAUCGUUUUGGCUGUUACCUUUGUGGCAUUGCUAGCCAUUGCCAUCUUUUAUACAAGAGCAUACCUUUCGAUCAAGAAACGCCUAGCAAAUAUGAAGAUAAAAACACCAAACGUAAGCAGAGGUCGGAAAUUCCCAAGACCAGAUCUGAUAUUUGCCAAGGGCAUGCUGCUUAUUCUUAUUUCUUUGAUAAUUUGCUACAUCCCAUACCUGGUUAUUGGCGGUCUAGUGGCAUUGCUGUCGGACACAGAAUCAACGAACGAGCAAUAUUCAUUACAGGUGGCCUUUUACUGGUCAUUGGUUUUCACAUACUUCGUUUCGUUCAUAAAUGCCAUGAUUCUGUUUAUAUUUGACGAAAAAUUAAAAUCUUUUGCAAAAGCUUUCUUCAAUCGAACACACCAAGCAAGAAAUCAAGAAACAAGGGAUGAUAUUUACCAAUUGUGAGAAAUUUUGUCAUAUGCGACAUCUAAACAUUUUCAAUUAAAGGUAUUUCAUGCUUGGAAGGAAGGCUCGAACGAAAUGGUAUCUAUGGCUAGGCAUCGUGUUUGACAGCUAUUGUCAGAUCGAAGUCUCGAUCAAAGACACCCCCGAAGAAACAGUUCUGUAUAAAACUGAGCAAUGUUUUUAUAACCAGUAAAGAAAUAUAUAGAAAAUUUACCAACAAAUGGAGAAUGGAACGGAGGGACUUUUGUAGCCAAAUAAACAACCACGGUGCAGCCUAAGUACUAUGACACUGAUGGAGACAUGGAAAAUAUAAGCGUUGGUCAAAAUGCUUAGGUAACCACGCUCUAUCGAGGAAAAAGUUUCUUUAAAAGGGACAACAGCCCCUCCUAAUAGCACUUUAUUAAGGACUCAGUUAUGAAGUAAGAGUUUUUGAAGCGACAAGUAAAAUAUGGCGUUGUUCUAUCUGUCAGAGUUAAAGAGAACAUCUGCGACAAUCUAGAUUUUAUGGCAGCCAGAAUUACAGAAGACACGAGUUAUCAAUGUGAAAGCUGAACAGUUGACGUAACGACCAUCAAUGAAAUCUACAGCUAUAAGGUCUAUCAAAGUAAAUUUAUGUAUUUAACAUGUCCACCAAAAUUAUGGACCUCAGAUUUCCAAGAAAAUAUACAAACGUGGAAUAUUUAAAAACAUAAAUUAACAGCCGAUUUUUACUCGUCGGUUGCUCGAAAAAUCAUAUGCCAAUACCCGCAAAGAUAAAUCUAUUAACUUGGGAGCCCACAGACUGUAUCUCGUAGAUUGAGCAUCUUAAAUUUAAGAGCCUGUUUCAGCCUGACGAAGGUCUUUAAAGAGACAUCCCUAAUGCCAAGCAUCAUCAGUGACAAUGUUAGUUAUCACACAUUUCAUAAAAGAAACAAAUGAAAAAACUAAGACAGUGCCCUUCCCAAUGCACCUUUAAAACAAGGUCAAAGAAUAGCCUGGCUAACGGAAAAAAAGACUCUUCUUUGCAGGGCAUUUGCUGUUACUGGGUGGUUUUAACAGUAUUUUUAACAGUGCUAUUGAGUAUCAACAUUUAAGGGGAGGAGAUCCCUACUGAAAUUACGUCAUAGAUAACAAAAUUCAUCCCUUACUGGGCAAAAUGGUUUGAAACGAGCAAGCGACUAGCUUAUCUGAGGUCAUUUGUAAUCGCUUUUACAAGAGAUUAUUUAAAUAUUUCUUAAAUCAAUUAAACUACAGAUUAGAAAUCACACUAAAAAUCAUUAGUAAAAUAGUUGAAGUGCUUUCUUCAGAGCAAACAUAUCAUUGAACUAUUCUAUUUGUUGAUUCAAAAUAGAUGAAACGUAAAAAAGAAGGGAUCGCCAAAAUAUGGGUCUUUUUCUCUGAUAAAACGUGGUGCAGUUAACAUUUAAUCUUAUGGACUAGCAUUGGAAAUUUCCAACUGCGAAAUGAAAUGUCCUGAGCAUAGGCGUAGGAGAUGUUGUUGAAAGACUGCAGCCCAAACAAAUCAGGUAAAAAUGAUCGCUUUCAGUCUCCAUUCGUGCAGUUUUACUCAACGAAGCAAUAAUAUUCGGGCAAGAUCCAAGCAUCCACUACGCCCAUGGUCCAGAGUUCCAUAGCUAAGAAAUGAAACGCUUUGAAGUCAAAUUCAACCAUUUCUAGCAGAAGUUGUAUCUAGCUCAGUGCAUAAAUAGGAGAAAUAGUUCUUUUUAAUUCUUUCAGAGAGAUUGCCUCCCUUCUCUAGCCCCCUCUGAAGCUCAAACUGUUUGUGUUUCUUUUCAAAAAAUCUCAACAUUAUACUAAAAAGAGAUUGCACAGUCCUUACUGGCUGGGUUUGAUUGACUAGCAGUGGGCUUUGACCGAAUGGGAAGAAAUUAU